GCGGCUUCGGCGGGCGCUGGGCCCCCCCAUGGGAUGUAGCCCCGGCGGGAGCCCCCGGGGCGGGCUGCGGCGCCCCCAGCCCCGCGCCCCGCUGCUGCUCAGCAUGCUGCUGCUCUGCACCUACUUCCUCUACUGCCUCACCGGGCCCUGCCAGCCCCUGCCGCUGGGGGGCGCCGCCGCCCCGGCCCCUCGACGGCCCCGGCGCCAGGAAGAGCGCCCGCUGCCCGCCCAGCCCCGCGGAGCCCUGCCCGUGGCCAGCGGCUUCGGCACCAAGAAGCUCCCGCAGGCCAUCAUCGUGGGCGUCAAGAAGGGCGGCACCCGCGCCCUCCUCGAGUUCCUCCGCGUCCACCCCGACGUCCGCGCCGUCGGCGCCGAGCCCCACUUCUUCGACCGCUGCUACGACAAGGGCCUCCUCUGGUACAGAAACCUGAUGCCGAGGACAUUGGAAGGGCAGAUCACCAUGGAGAAGACUCCGAGCUACUUUGUGACGAAGGAAGCUCCCCGGCGCAUCUACAAUAUGUCCAAGGACACCAAGCUUAUCGUGGUGGUGCGCAAUCCAGUGACACGGGCUAUCUCAGAUUACACACAGACUUUGUCCAAAAACCCCACUAUCCCCACCUUCCAAGCUUUGGCCUUCAAGAACCUCAGCACGGGCCUCAUUGACACCACCUGGAGUGCCGUGAGGAUUGGCAUUUACGCCAAGCACCUUGACAAUUGGCUGAGGUACUUCCCACUCUCGAAAUUCCUCUUUGUCAGCGGGGAGAGACUGGUAAGCGACCCGGCCGGGGAGAUGGGCCGCGUCCAGGACUUCCUGGGUCUCAAGAGGGUGGUGACAGACAAGCAUUUCUACUUCAACGAGACCAAGGGCUUUCCGUGCCUGAAGAAGCCGGAGGGGAGCAGCCGGCCGCGGUGCCUGGGGAAAUCCAAGGGGCGGCCGCAUCCCAAAAUCGACCCGCAGGUCGUCCAACGCCUUCAGGAGUUCUACCGGCCCUUCAACAUGAAGUUCUAUCAGAUGACAGGGCAGGACUUUGGGUGGGACUGAUCGCAAGACUGCUUCACCAAAGGUGAAGAUGGAGUCUGCUGAGGGGGGGGGGACUGGUGGGGGCAGGGCAGCUGGUCCUCUUAGACCCCCAGAAAAGCCCCUUCCUUCCCUCUUGGAGGCUGCGGCAUUCGCAGCUCUAUGGCAGGGCUGCCCAAUCUCCAUGGAGCAUUUCUUUCUCUUUUUAAUUUAUAUUACCUCUUCCCAGUAAGAGAAAAAAAAAAUGUACGCUUAUGGAGUAGAGAAAAAAUAUUUAAGAUUAAAAAAAAAACAAAAACAUCUAAUGGAAAGCAAAAAACUGAGUUUUGAUGUAACGGCAUUCAGAAGAAACCUGGCUAAUAUAGAUGAAGCAGGAAAGUUUCUGAAUGAGCAUGUGCAAAAAAGACGCACUUGGCGGCAAAGAAUCCAUUCCAAUCCCCUGAGUCCUUCUCUCGCGGGUGCCCUCCUGAUUUCCGAUCGGAACAGCCAGUCCCAAGCUCUGCAUAGAUACUUGGCUCAGGAUGAGGAAGAAUGGGGGGGGGGGGGUUGGAAUGGGGCCCUUGUGCAAAGCAGACCUUAAUCCAUUGGGGUUCUGAGCCCCAAACCCAGAGGUCGUUUUUCGGCAAAUGCUGCAUCGGAACCUUUCCUUGCAGAGGGAAUUUUCGGGUGCGUGACGAAAUGAUGCAGGCAUGGCAAAGACCAAGCCUGCACCUCUUUUGUGAUCUGCGCAUAGCCAGGAGGUGUGUGGCUAGUGCCGUGCAUGUAGUAACAUGGAAAGCCACCUUCUGUAUGCACUGAGUCUAAGUGCGUUCUGGAAGGCUGAGAUCUGGCCAGUCUUUCAAGACUGGCGGAGAUCGGCAGGCUUGUGGGAGGACGAACUGUGGUCCCUUCGUGACCACCACUGCCCCAGCAGGAGCAGGGUUAUGUGUAUUUUGCGAUUGUGCACUAAAAAAAAAUGGAGGGAGGGAGCACAGAAUUAGUUUGGGCUGCAGAACUGAGCUUCCGGGGGAAAUUUUUAUUCCACCUUUGCUUCAAGCAAGCUUCUAGCCCUCAUGGUAAUGGAAAUCAGAAUAAGGUCACCAAAGCUGAGUGGGGCAGGGCCUACUCGGCUCCUAGCUCUUGUCCCUUCGAGAGCCAGUUUGGUGUAGUGGUUAAGCGUGUGGACUCUUAUCUGGGAGAAUCGGGCUUGAUUCCCCACUCCUCCACUUGCACCUGCUGGAAUGGCCUUGGGUCAGCCAUAGCUCUGGCAGAGGUUGUCCUUGAAAGGGCAGCUGCUGUGAGAGCCCUCUCCAGCCCCACCCACCUCACAGGGUGUCCGUUGUGGGGGAGGAAGGGAAAGGAGAUUGUGAGCCACUCUGAUUCGGAGUGGAGGGCAGGAUAUAAAUCCAAUAUCACCUUCUUCUAAUGGGAGAAGGAUAAUUGUAUGCAAUAUAGUAAAAAUGCAGCGUCAGUCACAGAACCUGUGCAGGUCCCAGAAUUCAAUGCGGGAUUCUGAUGGUGCGGAAAAUACACACAGUCCAAAAAGAAGAGCCCCUAUGGCCUAUUGUGCGUCAAGUGCACAUUGCAAUUGUAGAUUGAGCAUUGCUUGUGGUUGAAGUGAAUGGGGAUGCUCUCGUAUGCUCCGUUGGUGCCGUGCAGCCCACCCCAUGUUUCGAGCAGUCUCUCUUGUCCUAGGAGGGCAAAGAUGUUUGGCGUCUUUCCAUUUCAAUCUAUGGGGUCUGCCACCGAAAAGAACAUCCCGUAGAGAAUCUUCGGGGAAGAGGCAAGAGGUCCUGUUGUUAUUUUUGCAAUAAAUCAGGCAAACACGCUAACCCAUAUUUUUUACGAAUCUGUUUGUUUUUUUUUUAAGAAAAAGUUUCUGCGAAAACUUCUAGCAGCUAAUAAAAUGAAAGAUAUCAAAAGCCA